AUCAUCACACUUGCAGCUCCAGUUGAAAGUCAAGAAGACAACUUCAGCAGCUGAGGACAAACUGGGUGGACGGAGACAGAGGGAGACAAAAACAGAGAUAUAUUUGAAGGCUGUGUGGUCACUUAAGACUUAAGGUUGGAGAAAUGGCCGCAGAUAACAUGAAGGUUGCUGCUCUGGGUCGACCUUUCACCCUAGGAAUGCUCUAUGAUGCUCGGAAAGAUCAACUAAUCCCAGGUUUGACUUUGUGGGAUGAUAAAACUCUACAAGAGAACACAGUUGAAAGCUCUCAGCACAGCAGCGCAUUUGACACGUCUGCAUCUGACUCCAUUGAAUCCAAGUCCUUUCUGCUGGAUGUUGAUGCUUCUCUGAAGGCCAGUUUCCUGGGUGGACUGAUUGAAGUUGGAGGAUCUGCCAAGUAUCUGAAUGAUAAGAAGAAAUUCAAGAAUCAGAGCAGAGUGACAUUUCAGUACAAAGCUACCACACACUUCAAACAGUUGUCAAUGACUCACCUUGUAACCAUGGAUGCCAAACAGACAGAUGUUAUUAAGAAGGCCUCUGCAACUCAUGUAGUCACAGGCAUCCUUUAUGGAGCAAACGCUUUCUUUGUGUUUGACAGUGAGAAGUUAGACGCCAGCAGCGUUCAGAACAUCCAGGGCAGCAUGGAAGCUGUGAUAAAGAAGAUCCCCUCAUUUAAUAUUGAGGGGAAAGUUGAACUAAAGCUAAAUGAUGAAGAAAAAGCUCUGACUGAGAAAGUCUCCUGCAAAUUCUACGGAGACUUCAUUCUUGAAAGCAACCCUGCAACAUUUGAAGACGCAGUGAAGACCUAUGUAGAUCUUCCAAAGCUGUUGGGAGGAAACGGAGAGAGGAGUGUUCCACUGAAGGUCUGGCUGAUGCCACUGAAGAAUUUGGAUCCCGAGGCUCCUGAGCUGAUGAGUGGGAUCAGCAUUGGAUUAGUGAGGAAGGCUCAAAAUGCUCUAGAAGAUUUAAAGCAAAUAGUAAUGAGAUGCAAUGAUGUUCUGGACAGAGAGCAUUUUCCACAGAUUGAAGAAAAGUUAAGCAGAUUCCAGAAUGUGUGUAAAUAUUAUGCAGCUAAACUCCAGCAGACCAUGGAGAAGAAAUUUCCCCUCAUCCGUGAUGGUAAAGAAGAUGAGAGCUCCACAAAACAACUCUUUGAAGACAGAGACAAGUCACCGUUCAGCCAUGAGAAACUAAGCAAGUGGAUGGACCAUAAAGAGAGAGAAAUCAACAUCAUCAGGUCCUGUGUAGAAAAGAUGGAGGGAACACAGAUUGUCCACAAUCAGUCAGAGCUGGACAGAGAGGUUCUUGCUGCAGAUGUGGAGGAUGCUCUGUGCUUUGUUUUCACCUCCCUGGAGAGUGCUGAUCCCUGCCUUGAUGUGAUGGCCGACUACUUGGAUUCACUCAACUUAGAAUGUACCCAUGAAGACCCGUGGUACUUCUCAGAUGAAGUUUUUACCAAAAUGAGAGAAAAAGCCAAAUCUUUCUCUUAUCUUGCCAAAGCACUGAAGAACAACAGCCGAUUCUGUUUCCUCAUAGCAGCCAUAGCAAAUAAGAAAUACACAGGAGCAACCAUCUACCAUUACAAGGAGGGCAUUCUGGUCUCUGAGGAUUUCUCUAAGCCUGACCUCCCUCCUGUGGAGAAAAUCACUGACAGAAGAGAUUUGAUCUGGUAUGCCUGUGAUCUCACCCUGGACUCGGACACUGUGAACGGCUACCUCACUCUGUCUGAGGGAAACAAAAAGGCAACAUGUGGAGCGUGGCAGACGUAUCCUGAUCACCCAGAGAGGUUUGAUACACAUACUCAGGUGAUGUGCAAAGAGAGGUUAAAGGGGCGACAUUACUGGGAGGUAGAGUGGAGUGUCAUGUCUAAAGCAUCAGUUUACAUAGGUGUUGCAUACAAUGUAAUCGAAAGAAAAGCAAUGGAUGAACAAAGCCAGCUUGGGAACAACACCAUUUCAUGGUGUUUUGGCCAAGGUAAUUCCUCACUUUGCGCAUUUCAUAAUGGCAGGGUGUGGAGUCAUUCUUUUCCCUCUACUGGCUGCAACAGAGUUGGGGUGUUUCUGGAUUGGCCUGCUGGAACUCUGUCCUACUACAGAGUCUCCUCUGACUCACUGAGUCACCUCUACACCUUUAAAACCACAUUCACUGAGCCAGUUUACCCAUGUUUCUGGGUUAAUCAAAAUUACAACUACGUGCACCUGCAUCUGGCUGAUUAAGAGCGAUGAGAAAGAGUUGAUAGAUCCUUUGUCUGUUCAGUGACAUGGGUUUACAUUUAAAAUUUAAAGUGCAACUAAACAUCAUAUUUUAGCUUGAACCUGCUUCACAAAUUUCAAAACUGCAUUCAGCCCCAGAGAGACCAGGAUAAUUGAUGAUGUAAAAAAAAAAACACAUCUCAUUUUCUGUUUAUCUGUUCAUGGUGAUUCUUUGCUCAGCCUUCUUUAAAACUGAUUUGUGUUUCACAGCUUCAGAAUAACUUAUUUUAUUUGUUGCAAGUUUCUAUUGUAAUUGCUUAUAGUUAAAGAUACAGAGGAUAUAUCAAUACACAAUUACAACGUCAACGCUAGUAUGUUGAAAUAGAAAAGAAAACCUUUACAUAAAUGAAUUGAAUUGUUGAAUUUCCCAUGUUGAUUAUGUUUGGACAUAAGGUAGCUAAUGUGCCUAUUAUUUAAUUUAGCAUUUGUUAUUUUCUUCGUUUACAGUAUUUUAAAAAAUAAUUAGGAAUAUUGUAGUUUUUUCCCAUCUACACCUUAAACCUAACCUAGAGUUCAAUAUAUGACUAUACUGUUCUGAGCAUAGAAUCACUGUUAACACCUUUUCUUUUAGCUGUAAAGCACAUUACUGAAGCACUGUAAUUUUCUAUGUAUUAGUUCAUGUUUAUUCAAUGAUCAGCCAUCUUCUCAGAUUUCUCAGAUUUAUUUUUUAUUGUUACUUUCUAAUUCUUGAUACAGAGCUCAUAUCUAUACACAAUUGUUAUAGUGUAAUAGUGUCAACACUAGUAUGUCGAAACUGAUACUCACAGCUCAUGUAAAAGAUGAUUUACCUGUUUUGUUGAAUCUAUAAUGUUCAUUAUGUUGGGACAUAAAGUAGCUAACCUGUCUAUUGUUUAAUUUAGCAUUGGUUCAUAUUCUUCUUUGUGUUAUAUUUUAAAAACAAUUAUCUUUUUGGAAUACAAGAUUAAUCUUUUGUUUUUAUUGUCUACACCUUAACUCUGACCUACGGUUCAAUUGAUGCUUUUACUGUUCUGAUGAGAGAGUCACUGUUUUCUUAGAUGUUAGGCACAUUGCUGGUGUUCACAUAGUUGAAGCAAUGUAAUUUUCUAUGUUGAGUCUAUGCACAGCCUUCCUCUCAAAUUGAUUUAUGCUUCACAGUCAGUUUAAACUUGUAAUACUUUACUACAUUACAGAUUGUAUAUUGAUUGAUUGAUUGAUUUAUUGUUACUUUCUAAUUCCUGAUACUUAAAGAAUACAGAGCUUAUAUCAAUACACAAAAUUAUAAUUCCAAAGGUACUGUGUUUAAAGUGAUACUCAUUUGUUCAUGUCAGUAUAUAUUUUAGCUAAAUUUAUCAUGUUGAUUAUGUUUGGCAUGAGAUUAAUUUGCCUAUUGCCUAUCCAGCAUUGGUUCAUUUUCUUCUUUGUGCAGUAUCUUAAAAAUAAUAAUCUUUUCAGAAUACAACAUUAAUCUUUUUGUUUAUAUCAAGUCUACACCUUAACCCUGACAUAGGACUUGACUGUUCUGAGCAGAGAGUCACUGUUAACACAUUGCUGAUUUUUAUAGAGCUGAAGCAAUGUCAGAUUCCUUUUUCAUUUUAUGUUGAGCAGAAUAUUCAAUAAAGUGUAGAGAUGAGUUUA